CGUGCACGACGCGUGAAUGCCUUCGACAUGAUACGGACUCUGUUCUUCCUCAUCCUAUCUCUCACCCUUGCUAGAGCUCAGCUAUCUCUUCCUGACCCGCCCUUCCUACCCCCAAACGCCAGCGCGGGGACCGAACCAUCUAACUCGUCUUCCCGGUCUCCCAACGUUCAGUGGUCGACACUCCUGGGAGACGUGCUUUACUUCUACGAGGCUCAAAGAAGUGGGAAGCUUCCUGAUACUAACAGAGUCGAGUGGAGGAACGACAGUGCUUUGGACGAUGGAAACGAUGUAAAUCUUGAUUUGUCAGGGGGCUACUACGAUGCAGGAGAUUACAUCAAGGCCACAUAUCCUCUUAGUUUUUCGCUAAUGUCCAUUUGCUGGGGCGCUCUUGAUUUUGGACAAGGUUACGAAAUGGCCAACCAAACGGCCUACCUCGACGACAUGCUACGAUGGGGGCUUGACUGGCUUAUGAAGGCUCACCCCUCUGACGACACAUUGUACGUUCUAGUCGGCGAUGCCGACACCGACGACGCAUACUGGGGAGGGGACGAGAACAUCCCUACACCUCGUGUAUCCUACCAAGUGAACUCCUCUGACCCGGGGACAGACGCCUUCGCGCAGGCAUCCGCCGCUUUCUCAGCAUGCUCGAGCCUGUACUCGAACCGCACCUUCGGUGACACGGGCACCCUCAGCUUGCACAACUCCACGUAUGCAAAGACGCUUCUGGACCACGCAUCAAAGCUGUACGACGUCGCAGUGCACUCGGAGGGUGAUCAGCAGGUCUACUCAGACGUCGUGCCCGAAGUCGCCGACGCGUACGGCUCAUCGGGAUUCAAGGACGAGUUGACCAUGGCGGCGCUGUUCCUCUCCUGGGCGAAGGGCGACGACUCCCUGUUCGACGAGGCCAAGGACUACUGGGAUGAGGACGACUUGGGCAACAACCUGCGCGGCGUGUUCAACUGGGAUUCCAAGAUUCCGGGGCUGCCUAUCCUGUUCGCGCAAGUCAGCAACGCCUCCGGUCACGGAAACACGAACGAGUGGACGCAGAUAUCCGAGAACUUCCUCGAUGGUAUCCUCGAUAACAAGAACGGGGCCGAACUGACGAAGGGGGGACUCUUGUACUACGACGGCGACUCGGAUUCAUGCAGCCUGAACCCUGCUCUCAAUGCCGCUAUGCUACUUGUUAAGUACGCACCUCUUGCCUCCGAUUCUCAGCGUCAACGCUAUCUCGACUACUCAAAUCAGCAGCUCAACUACACCCUGGGCAAUAAUCCCAUGUCAAUCCCCUACGUGGUCGGCAUCAACCCGAAUGCGCCCAAGAACCCGCACUCUGCCAUGGCCAGUGGCGGCAACGAUAUCGAGAACAUCGAUACUUCGCCGGAGCAAGAGGCAUACGUUCUGUACGGCGCACUUGUCGGCGGACCUGACAAGCUGGAUGGGUUCUUCGAUAUCAGGCGGGAUUGGCCGCAGACAGAGGUCGCCCUGGACUACAAUGCCCCUUUGCUCACGCUCGCUGCCUACCAUGUUCAGUCUGACGAGAACGAUCCUUACUAUGUGACGCUGGAAGAGGGAACCGCCGUCAGGCCGAGGGGUGCGCCCUGCGAUGCGGCUAUUACCGAUGGGUGCUCGGCGAAGAUGUCGAAGGGUGGGAUCAUUGCGAUGGCCGUCUGCGUGGGGGUGACAGGAUUGUUCGUGCUGGGCCUGUUUGCGACGUGGUUCUACCUCUCUUGGACUUGGUGAUCGCAUGCUAGGACGUGAUGUAUAAUCUACCUCCUCUACUGUACAUGGAUCUAGGUAAUCUAGCUUCUACAUUGCCGUGUUGACCGCUUU